AUGGAAAGAGUAUUAAGGCAAUUAGAAGCAAUUGGCGGGAAUGUAGAGCAACGUACUAUUGAAACUAUGUUGGAGUCCAAGUUACCAAGCUGGAUAUUGAACCAGAUUUAUCAACAAAAGGAAGAAAAUGACCAGUGGUCUGUAGUAAAACUUCGACAGUUUCUUAGAAAAACAAUCAUUAGAAACGACCAAGUAAUGGAAUCGCAAUACACGGAUAGCGUAAGUCGAAAACUUUUGAUUGAACGUUAUCCUGAUUCAAUCAUCCCAGGAGUCCAAAUUGGUCGACAGAUAAGAAAAAAAGACCUUGCAUCUUCUGCAACAAAAAUCAUUGGGAUAGCAUUUGAUAUAUAUCCUAUAGUCGAGCAACGGAUCAAUCGAUUGAAAGAAAUUAAGAAACUGAUGAGGAAGAAUGCUCAAUCUCCUCAUUUAGUAAUAGAAAUUCCAGGAUAUGUUGUACAACUCAAACACAAAUUGGAAAAGCAACCUGACAUAAUCAUGGGUGCGGAUUAUUUUUUCGUUCUUCAUUCACAUGGAAAAUACUCGGCAACUAGAGUCGGGAUUCACGCUACUAAAUACCGAAGGCGAUUUCAAUUCCAUAAAGAGGAAUUACAAGAAUAUGAUAAAGUAAUACAAGAUCAACUACGUUCUGGCAUAAUUGAAGAAGUACAACCAUAUAUGAAUCAAGAUGGAAUCAUUCAUUACCUGCCACAUCAUGAUGUUCAUACUCCAGGAAAGAUUACCACGAAAUUAAGAAUUGUUUAUGAUGCUUCAGCGCACAUAAAGGGAAUGAAAAGUUUAAAUGAGGACGCAUUAGAAAAAUAUGCGAAAAUGAAAUCCAUCUUCAAUGAAGCAUCAAUGAAUUUAAGGGAAUUCUUAUCUAACGACGAAGAAUUCCAUGUAAGAUUCCCUCAUGAAGAUUGGGCAGUGAGAAAAAACACGAAAAUCCUCGGUAUUCCAUGGAAUCCCUGCCAAGAUACCAUUCAAGUAAAAUUAAAACCAUGGACUGGACCAGAAUUAAUGAAAUGGACAAUCUUACAAUUCGUCGCAUCACAAUACGACCCACUAGGAUUUCUAGUCCCGGUAAUGGUAAAAUUUAAAAUAUUUCUACAACACCUGUGGAAAGAAAACAAAUCUUGGGAUCAAAUAUUAGAGGAGCAAGAUCAUAAGCUAUGAUGUGCAUUACAUUGGAUAAAAAAUCAUUCUAAUCUAUUACCAAGAUUUGUUCAAAAUCGAGUCGAUGAAAUACGUAAAACGAAGUUUACCUUUCGUUAUAUCACAUCAGAAGAAAACCCCGUAGAUGCAGCAACAAAGGGUCUUAAUCCGAACAACUCAGAGGUUUCAUGCAAUGGUGGCAUGGGUCCUCGUGGCUAG